AUGACGAAAAUUUUGCUUGUUGUCUUUCUAGUUGGGAUUUCUCUCUUUGCCGCACUUGAAGUUAACGCCCAAUUUGAUCAAUCAGGUUUCAUAAGCAUAGAUUGUGGAAUUCCUCAAGGUUCCAACUACAUUGAUGCAGCUACCGGACUACACUAUGUAUCCGAUUCAGGCUUCAUCGAUACAGGUAACAAUGCUACUAUCUCGACUGAAUUUCAGACCACUGGCCUGGAACAACAAUUGUUGACUCUCAGAAGCUUUCCUCAUGGAACUAAAAAUUGCUACACCAUAAGACCUUCCAAAGGUAAAGGAAACAAAUACUUGAUCAGGGCAAGAUUUCUGUACUGAAAUUAUGAUGGGAAAAGUCAACCACCUAAUUUCGAUCUCCAUCUUGGAGUUGACUUUUGGGACACGAUUGAAAUCAUCAACGCUUCCACGCCAUUUCUUAUAGAGAUCAUACACAUUGUCUCAUCUGAUUUUGUCCAUAUUUGUCUAGUAAAUACCGGUCGAGGAACACCAUUUAUAUCCACAGUUGAACUCAGGCUCUUUAACGACACACGCAUGUAUGUUACCGGAUCUGGAUCACUACAAACAAUCAUGCGCCUCGAUCUUGGCUCAACAUCCACUAAAUCUAUAAGGUACCAAGAUGAUAUAUAUGAUCGUAUAUGGGUGCCCUAUAAUAAUGUGGAAAAUACAAUAUCAUUAAGUAGUUCUUCAAACAUAGAUACACUAUUUGUAUCUGUUAAUGGACAUAUUUUUCUUGCGCCAUUCGAUCUAUCUUCGUUCUAUUUGCUAGCGUGCACGGUUUGGAGCCAACAUGCAGAAGGACCAACGGCCAACUACCGAAUUUCGCUUGAGAGAACGGGAAAUUCAACUCUUCCUCCUAUCAUCAAUGCCCUCGAGAUAUAUAAAGUCAUGAAGCAAUUCAAUACCACUCAAACGCAGGAUCUAGAUGCUGAGGCUAUUGUGAAUAUCAAGUCAACGUAUGGAAUCAAAAGGAACUGGCAAGGAGAUCCAUGCGGUCCUGAAGCUGAAAUUUGGAAUGGUCUCAGGUGCAAUUCGGAUGUGAAUUCCAUCAGGAUUGUAUUCUUAAACUUGUCAUCAAGUGGAUUAUCUGGGACGAUAUCACCUUAUAUUCCAAAUCUCACAAAGCUAGAAUAUCUGGAUUUGUCAAACAAUAAGUUGACGGGGGAGGUGCCAGCUGUUCUCUCUCAACUAAGCUUCUUAAGAGUCCUCAACUUGAAAGGAAACAAUUUUUCCCGUCCACUCCCCGCAGAUUUGCUGGCAAAAUCAAAAGAUGGAUCUCUCUUGUUGAGGAAGGUUGAAUCAGAAAGAAAAAAGAGAAUCAAUAAUAUUGAAUUGGAGUCGAAAAUUUGGCAUUUUACAUACUCAGAGGUGUUGCGCAUAACAAAUAACUUUCAAUAAAUCCUCGGGAAAGGUGGUUUUGGGACGGUUUAUUUUGGCUAUAUCGAUGACCGUGAAGUCGCUGUUAAGAUGCUAUCCCCAUCUUCAGCUCAAGGGUUCAAGGAAUUCCAAGCUGAGGCUAAUCUCUUGAUGAGCAUUCAUCAUAGAAACUUGAUUUCUGUGGUUGGGUAUUUUGUUGAAGCUACUAACAUUGGUAUCAUUUACGAAUACAUGCCCAAUGGAAGCUUAGACAAGCACAUAUCAGAUAGGAAUCCACACCCCUUGACAUGGGAGCAAAGGCUUCAAAUAGCGUUGGAUGCUGCACAAGGAUUGGAGUAUCUACAUCAUGGUUGCCAACCACCAAUAAUACACAGAGAUAUUAAGCCUACAAAUAUUCUAUUAGAUGACAAAUUCCACGCAAAGCUUGCUGACUUUGGUCUAUCUAGGAUUUUGCCAACUGAAGGGGCAACUCAUGUUACCACUGUAGUUGCUGGUACUCCAGGAUAUCUUGACCCUGAGUACUAUAGAUCAAAUCAGCUAACGGAAAAGAGCGAUGUUUACAGUUUCGGCGUUGUUCUUUUGGAAAUAAUAACAGGGCGAAAUUUGAUUGGAAAACAAGACAAGAUUUAUGUAGUAACGUGGGUUAAUGACAUGCUUGAGAAAGGAGAUGUAACAAAAGUAAUUGACCCAGGAUUACGAGGAGAAGUUGAUGUUAAAUCAGCCAGGAAAGUUGUGGAAUUGGCAAUGGCUUGUGUUUCUCUAGAUUCAAGAGGAAGACCAGAUAUGUCUGUCGUCGUCUCUGUACUAAAGCAAUGUUUAAGAGAAAUGAUUAACUAGAUGCUACAUGAAUUGAAGUUUAUGUGCAGAUACAAUAUUUCAAAUCAGUGAACUGAUUGUUCCUUUGGUGAUAAUGGGAGCGCAUUUGGAUCAGUAUU